AUGAUCAACAUGAUCAUUUCCACAUACCUGACUGGCCUUACACGUACUGGUGCCGCCAUUGAACACGUCGCGACGGAGGCUUUCAGUGAACGACGUGGCGCUCGACCGCUGUCGCAGCAAGUCGCACGUGUCGCUAUUGUCAUUACUGAUGGAAGAAGUCAGGACAACGUGACGGUGGCUGCGAAUAACGCCCGUCGACAGAACAUUCAGCUGUUCGCUGUUGGUGUCACAAACCACGUGCUGCAAGCUGAGUUAGAAGAGGACAACGUGACGGUGGCUGCGAAUAACGCCCGUCGACAGAACAUUCAGCUGUUCGCUGUUGGUGUCACAAACCACGUGCUGCAAGCUGAGUUAGAAGAGAUCACUGGUGCGAAAGACAGGACAUUCCACGUGAACGCUUUCGAGGAUCUUAACACUAGACUUCGAAGUGCUAUUCAGCGAGUAACGUGCCCUCAGACUGAAACUCCAAAACCUUCCGAAGGACCUUGCGAUCCUGCAUCACAUGCCGGAUGCGAUCGUGCUCUGAAUCAAAUCUGCAUGAAGAAAGAUGGCCAGUACAGACCUUGCGAUCCUGCAUCACAUGCCGGAUGCGAUCGUGCUCUGAAUCAAAUCUGCAUGAAGAAAGAUGGCCAGUACAGUUGUGGAUGUCCUGACGGUUUCGAGCAGCAUCCUGUUACUAAGGCCUGUGGUGGUGACGUUUGCAACCCGGAAAUUGCCACUUCUUGCCCUGAUCCCGAGAUCUGUGAACGAACACCGUUCGGUAACUGGCGCUGCACUUGCCCAGCCGAUCUCGGCUGGCGAGACCUACACACCGGUGCAUGCAAGAUUGGAACGCCCCCUCAAGAGCUCUCCGAAUCCAACGACGAGUGUGAUCCUAGGAAUCCGGCCAGCUGUGGUCCUAACGCGAAAUGUAUCCGUGGUCCUGGCGGGGAUGCGGUGUGCCAGUGCAGUGCUGGUUACGUUCGCAAUGCCAAGUCGGAUAAAUGUCAAAAACCGGGCACUUGUGACCCAUCUGUGCCAAAUUCCUGCGAUGCCCGAAAGAAGGAGAAGUGUCUCCGUGAUUCAACUGGCGAAUACACCUGCCAGUGUGACCAGUUCUACAAGAGACAUAACGUCACCGAAAUUUGCUUGAUCGAUGAAUGUUCUGCUGGUACUCAUGACUGCGACCCAAAUGCACGCUGUACAGACACGGACGAAUCAUUCAUCUGCACGUGCAACAGCGGUUUUCUCGACAAAUCGCCUGACCAGACAAGGAAACCUGGACGAGUUUGCACACAACUGCACAAUGAAUGUGAAGAGAAUCGCCACAACUGCUCUGCAAACGCCGAUUGCAUUGACCUCGAAGAUGGUUUCCUUUGCAGAUGUAAGGAGUCGUUCGUGGAUGUCUCGCCGAACAUGAAGGUGUUUGCCGGUUUGGAUUGCCGGCCAUUGGUCGACGAGUGUGCCUCGAAAACCACCAACAACUGCCAUGAGCACGCCAUUUGCAUAGAUACUCGUGACGCCUACAAAUGCCAGUGCAAGGAAGGCUACGUAGACCAUGACGAGCUAAGAAAUCCUGGACGAGACUGUCGUAAAGAUAACUGCGUGACGCUGACAAAUGGCCAGUGCAGAGGAAGGCCCUACGUUGCCACUGAACGAGUAAGCAAAUCCUGCGACGAUGACUGUCGUAAAGCCAAUCAACUCUGUGAAUCUGGACGUCAUGACUGCGAUAAGAAUGCUCAAUGCAUUGAACGUGGUGCCAACGACUAUGAAUGUGUCUGUAAGGCCGGAUUCCUCGAUCGCAGUCCUCUGCCUCAUCGAAUGGGCCGUAAAUGCCUGGAACGAGUGUGCUUGGACGAUACUAAACACGACUGUCAUGUGGCAGCUAUUUGUGAAGAAGUGGACGGACCAGAGAAAUACACCUGCAAAUGCCGUGAUGGAUAUGUGGAUGCAAAUAAAAACAAACCAGGUAAGUAA